UAGAUUCGGGGGCGGGGCGUAAGGGAAACCCUAUAACAUCCAGAGACUGGCAUGACGAUUGCUACGUGUUCAAGUUUCAGUGUAUGGGUAGAGUAAUAGUGUUCAGGCUGAGGCCUUGCAGAGUGGAUCCAUGCACAUGUACGCUUUCAACUCGGUGGAAAAUUCGGGCACUACGCCACCCUCCAAUCUGGGGCUGACCAUGCAAGCCAGUUUCGCCACGGCAAACUCGGGCACGCCGAACACGCUAGGCGUAAUGCACCCCGUGUUCCAGGAACAAAGUUACUAUCGCCACCCGAGCUACUCGGCGAUGCCCGUGUCGGUGUACAGCCACCAUGACCAAUACUCCAGUAUCGCACGGGGAUAUGGGCCGUACGGACCCCAGCAGCAGAACCCCAAAGACCUGGUCAAGCCUCCGUACUCGUAUAUUGCCCUGAUCGCCAUGGCCAUUAUGAACGCACCGGAGAAGCGGUGCACCCUAAAUGGGAUAUACUCCUUCAUCAUGGACAGGUUUCCAUUUUACAGGGAAAACAAACAAGGGUGGCAGAACUCAAUUCGGCACAAUCUAUCCCUGAAUGACUGCUUUCUGAAGAUACCGAGAGACGACAAGAAACCAGGGAAGGGUAGUUACUGGAGCUUGGACCCCGACAGUUACAACAUGUUCGACAAUGGUAGCUACUUGAGACGUAGGAAGCGAUUCAAGAGAACUAAAGCCAUGGCGGAAAAGGAGGAGAGGGAACGCCUACAUGAGGCAGCUCAGUCUGGGGAUGCAGCAUCUCAAGAAUCAAUCGCUCAUCAAAAUGGCGUCUCGUCAGGGGCCGAAGAAACAACUCAUCCAGCGGCGUCGACGUCCCCCAUCACGGCUACCUCCAAGGUGCAGACCAAUGUAAGCGCAAACACCCCUCUUUUAACCCCCAAAGUUGAGCCCGUGGACUCCCCAGUUCUACGCGACUCUCCCGUGGGUCAUUCGCGGCAUUUAUCGGGCGACGGGACCAUGAUGACCACCUCGCCGACGAGUUACACCGUUGACAACAUCAUGACUGUGCAGCGCGACUCGACGAACGGGUGCACCUCGGCCGACAUGAACUCAAACAACACUCACCCCCACUCCGGACGGCCCGGUCAACUCGUGUCGCCCCAGCCACUGAGUUAUCAGACGUAUCUCUCAGGGACGGGCGGUGUUUCUUGCUCAAAGACAAGUACCGGUAAUGUGAACCUAAACCAUCCUAGCAUGAACUAUCACUGUAACAUGUAUGAGCCGGACUUGAGCAUGGGGAAGCACAUGGCUAUCGCACCCACACCAGAAGAGGUGCACCAGGAACAAGGGCUGUCCCAACGGCCGAGUCCCCAGGGCCCGAACUCCAUAAUGACCACACAGCCUAGCAAUCUCAGCCCGGUGCACCGUACGACCAGCAAUUCUUGGUACCAAGGCCCCCCGAGCUCGGGCGAUCUUCACGGCAGCAGUACACCGGGCUCUCACGGUCAGUCCUUCGGUAUGUACGACUCGCAACGGCUACCCUCACAACGGCUGAUGGCACUGAGUCACAACUCACCCGUCACACUCGGUUUGAAUACCGCCGACAGUUGCCAACUAGCCGCUUCAUCAUACCGCUCCCCGACCGGCACACCGGCAUCCGGUAUGUACCAUGUGACUGGACAAUACUCUUCGUAUGACUGUACAAAGUACUGAAAACCAUAACAAAAACAAAAACCUUACAAAAAAAAAUACCUUUAAAAAAAAAACCAAACACAAAAAUAAUGCAAAAAAAAACGGGUUUCUAAAUUGUGUGUUGUACUGUAGUGUAAAAUCUAUCAAAUGAUUUCAAGAGGCCCAUAUUUAACUGAUACACCGUAUGGGUUAAGAAUACACCAGAGUGUAUCAGACCAGUCUAAAUAGAUUGCCAAUGUACACAAGAUCGACACUGGGUUUUUAUUUUCUUUACAUAAAAUCACGUUGUGUUGUUUGAUUUGGGCUAAAGUAAAGUCGGGGCAAAAUUUUUUGUUUGGUGUUUUUGAAAGUCAGAAAAAAAAGAGAGCGAAGAAAAGAAGUUAGUUUGGUCAAGUCUCUCCGCCACUCACUUCUUGGCACUUUGUUUUUGUUGGCAUUUCGGACCUUUGAAUAAUAUUGCUUUAACAAACAACCGGACCCCAUUGACUUUGUGUGGAGCUACGUUUUGUUGAUACCUCCCCAUCAUUGAUCCACUGCUGUGUUAAACUGGGAGAGACUAUUUCCACACAUUGCUGCUUCACAAUCUGUUAUAUACGGACACUUGUGUUUUUGAUUUAAUCAUUAUCAACAUCAAUUUCUUAGCAAUCAAUCAAUAUAAAUAUGUUGUUACUGUACUGUUAUCUUUCAUUGUGUUAUGUACACCAAACUGUUCUGUUAUUUUACACCAAACUGUUAUUUUAUUAUGACAAUCCAAUUUUAACAACUUAUGUACUACUUGAAUACCGAAUGUAAACACACCAGACACACACACAUCAGAUUUCGUGUUUGCUUGAAAUUUCUGAAUUACUAUUUUUAUUUUGUGAGAAUUAUUUUAUUAAUGUUGUUGCUCAUCUUGGUCAGUGAUAUUAAUUCCGAUCCAAGGCGGUCUGUUAAUUUUCAAUUUUAUAGACUAUGUGAGCCGCUUCACUGUAGCAUUUUCAUUUUCCAUGAGAGAGUUUUUUACUUAACAAAAAGCAGGUAAUAUCCGUAAUCGAAUACUCGGUGACCGGAAAAGCGCGCUAUAACAAGCGUAUCAAACCGCACACCUUUUUACAGAACAUUUACCACAGCAUUACUUUUAUAUUUGUUGUUGUAAAAAAAUUAGGUACUAAUUUUGUUGUGUCAUACAGAAUAGUGUGGACUUGAGAGAUUGGGAAAGUUUAAAGUUGAACGGGGGGCAAAACCUCCAAAAGGGGGGCUUUUUAGGAGAGCGAUGUGCAAUUCAGUGUUGGCUUUUUAGAAAACUGUUGAGUACGCUUGAGAAACCUUGCCAGGGUGCCCGACCGUUUACCGUGUGUGUGGCGGUCUGCCAAGCGAAUGCUUUUCUCCCGGCUCUAUUCAAUUUACACCCGUCAACUCAGAUAUUCCCCAAACUACCGCGACCGGCAGAGCUUCACCGUGUCAAGCGAUGUUUUUUGGAUUAGGUUUAUCGGGGGUAUAUAGUAAUAAUGCACACUUCUUGCACUCAGUCUAGCCGGACUUAAUUCGGAAUCGUUUAUUCAACUGGCAUUGUUAUUUUGUUUUUGUUUGAUGGAGUUAAGUAUUAAUUUGUUAACACCAUGCAAUACGAAUGUACUAUGUUGUGUAUACACAAAUUGUAUAUGUAAACAUGUAUAGAAACAAUCAUAAUAUUUAUAUGUUGCACGUUGUUAAAACACAAGAAGGUUCUCUAUUUGUGAAUAUUAUGCCAGACAUCCAACAGUGAUCAAGAAUUUAUACUAAAACUUAGUGAUUACCGAAUAAAAUGUUGUCAAUCUUGAAUACAACAUUAUCGAUCAAAACACACAUCUCUCUCUUUUUGGUCUUCUCUUUUUUUCAAAUCAUUGCCACUUGCGUAAGGUAGGCUACAUAUCACAAUCAAUCAGCACAACCAUAGAUUGAUUUAACCAUUUAACCCAUUGUAGAGUCAAUCCCAAACAAUUUUCUGGCAGUACCAUUUGCGGUUCUCAUCUUUCCACUGUCGACUACACUUUCAUUUAGUUGCAGCCCAUGCUCCAAAUUAUCCCAAAGUGAAAGCAAUGCACAUAGGGGAAACGAAUUGUCAUAAUCAUUAUCGUUUUAUAGUUUUUGAAUUAUUGUGUGUAUCACUCCUAUACCCAUAUACAUUGAACGUGUCUGGCAAAUUUCCCACUUGUCUUGUUUAUUUGAUGGUUUUUUUUUGUGUUUUUUUUCACCCACUUAUGUCACAUCAGAACCAACGGUCCUUGUUAGUCAAAUUUACACAAAGUUGUAAUGAUUUUAAUGUCAAUUUGUGCAGGGGACACAAAGCUGAAGUAUAACAUCUGUAUCAGCCAAACAGGCUCGACUCCAACAAUUUAUAAAUUCAACAGAACGUUUUACUCUAAGAUAAAACCAUUAAGCUUAAACUGUUUUUGGAAAUUCAAAAUCUUAUCAAGGGAAAACAAUCCUCUUAAAAUGUUGUCCCGGUGUGUUUUAGUUUGCAAAAGCUGUUAUAAUUUUAUUUAUUUAUUUAUGUUUUGUCAAUCCCUCUCUCUCGUUCGACUGAGUCGGAUCUGAGAGAAGAAUUAUGCAGCGCUAGUUCGGGGUUGUUCUGCCACAUUUUAUAACAACGAAAAAAAAAAAAUAGAAAAAAAAAAUAAAGAGCGGGACAAAAAUCGAUCUUCACCGUCGACUGAGUCUCACGGUUCAUUAGGAAGAAAAUUGUCACGUGAUCAAGCUCUGAUUAUUCCAAAGCACUGGGGUAGAAUUUUUUACAGUAUUUAAUAAUAAAAAAAAUUGCAAUUUGUGAUGAUUAAGGGGAAAACACGCAAUCAUUUCCCCCCCUUUGUUGUAACCACGAACGAGUUGGUAUAACUUAUCGAAUCAGAUUAGCUUUUUAGUUCGACGCACGAAUUCACCCACUCCCUGAGAAUAAUUAACGCAAUGAAAUUAUCAACAUGAAGUGUUGUAUAGUUGUUUGUGUUGAUCAAACAAAACUAAGAAGUGUUGGCAUUUUUUUUUUAAGUAAAAGACAAGAGGCUGUUUGACCAGUGGCUGAGAGACUAAGAUUUUAUACCAAUUUUCUUACCAUUAUGGUAAGUGGGUGUACCCGUAUAGUAAGGGGCUGAAUAUUAAACAAAGAUUAUCUAACAUCAUAACUAAUAAUCCAAAAUACGUAAGCAGAUUAUUUCUUACAAAACAUUAAAGAAGAGGCUGACUUUUAUUUUGUUUUCAGAGACGAUGUAAAUCAUAAAUAUUGGUAUUUCACACAACGUUUUUUUUAUUUAUAGCAACUCAGUAGUAAUUCAUUGUUGUUUUUUUUAAGUUUUUAUAAAAUACUGAUUUUGAUCACUGAUUUUAACACCCACAGUUUGGACUCGUAAAAUAUUGAUGUUCUUUUAGUAACAGGGUGUGUAGUGGGCCAUGUACAUUGGACAUUGAUUAUAUAACGACGCAACUUUUGUCUUUCUGUUUAAAAAAAAAAAAAAAAAAUCCUUUUUGGAGUUUUUUUAUUUAGCAAUACUGUCUUCAGAUGCUAAUGUUUUUGUUUUUUGGUUUUUUUUUUACUGUGUAACUUAAAGACAAAGUGAAACCAAAACUCAAGACUUGUUGGGCAUUUCUGGUGGUUUGUUUAAUUUGAAUUUAAUUUGUCUUUAAGACACACUUGUUUAAUUAGAUGUUAAAAUGUUUGUACAUUGUGUUUAUAUAAAACAACAGAAUGGGAAUACUCAGUGGUUAUAAAUAAUUCUUGAAUAUUUCUGAGGAAUUGUGGGAGACCACAAAACCGCUUUCUCCUUCUGUUGACAAGUCUAAUAAAAUGAGAAUGAUUUUACGCUAGGAUGUAA